GUUUAGUAUCUCGUGCUUUGGUUCAAGCUGGCCUCGGGCUUUCCAUAUUCGGUUGCCCUCAACCCUCCGAAUCUCUUGACAGUAUCGUUUAGGUCUCGACUCGAUGGCCCCUUCCACAUCUGCGUAUCAUCGGCUUAUAUUGACAAGUUGAUAAAUUCUUUAGCUCUCCAAUAACUGAAUUCGAGCUUGGGCUACCGGGUUACCCCGGUUGUGUGACGGGCGUCGAAUCUCCCCUUCUGUUUGCCAAAGCGACCCCCUCGCUUUUGGGAUCUUGUCACCUGCAGGUGGACUUUGAUCACUUCGAUCGAUUCCAGAAUAGUUUCUUUUAGUUGUGUCCCACCUUCAUGCGUAAAUAACGCACCGCAUCGUGACGCCUGUAUCAUUGCGACAUGACAUUUACCCCCUUUCUGACAUCGACCUGUGAGACGUUAGAGACGACGAUUUCGAUGGCGCAUAAGAGGAAGCGUUAGCACCGUGGCUCAAUGCUGUAUAGAGAGUCAUUUGCCUGCACUAUUCGAAACAUCAGUCACUAGCAAGCGUUGCCUCAUCAACUGAUUCGCAUUGCCCCCAAAGCUUCAACCGCGGUAUAUUUCCGUCAGAAAUCUCGACACAUAACCUUUUGGAAAUCAUACUCCGCAGGGCUGCUCUUUUGAAGAUGAAGAUGAGCCAUCAUGAGAAACAAUUUCCGGCGUUGGCUCCAGGGCCGCCGCGCAUGUUCGCUCCGCAGACGUCGACUGCUGUCAGUAGGCCAAAGAAGAACUCCACAGCUUGCCUGGCAUGCAAAGCAGCAAAGAGGAAGUGUUCUGGACCGGAUGCUCCAUGUAAAGCUUGUCGAUCCACCAACACCGAAUGUCUCUUUGACCCAACUCGAGACCUCAGACGAAAGGUUGCCGUCAAGCGGACGAUCCAGGAGCUCACAAACCACAAAGAUCUACUCGAGUCUUUGUUAAGCACCCUCGGGUCGGAUGAUCAACUCCAGUUUGACAAAGUGAUGGAUUUGAUUCGGAACAAGGCUCCGUUUGAUGAUAUCGCCCAUGCUGUCGGAAGCCCCGCCAUGACGUUCGGAGACCCCCAAGAGUUGUCGAAUGCCAGCAAAUUGGCGAUUUUAGAGUAUGGCGAGCAUCCCGUAGAAACUUCGGGCAACGGCGUGAGACGACCGUCGGACCCUGGCAAUAGCGCAAGCUCACCAGAAGAGAUUCCAAACAUGAAAUCUCCGCAAUUGCCAACAGUUAGCCCUUAUGCUCGUCUCACACUGGAGAUCCUCUGCGACAUACCUCUCUUCGAGGUGCCGGCUAAACCGUGGACCAAGGUCACAGAUGAUGAUUAUCUGGUGUCACACCUAGUCUCGCUCUACUUUACCUGGGACCACCCAUGCUCGCAGUUCCUUGAUCAACGUAUCUUCCUCGAACAUAUGAAACUCGGGGAUCUCAGAUCGGAGUUCUGCACGCCCCUUCUCGUCAAUAGCAUAUUAUCAACGGCCAGCGCCUAUUCUGAUAGCCCUGAUGUUCUUUCCAACCCCGAGAACGUGUUCUCGCGGGGCCAGAACUUUUUUCAUGAGGCACAAAGAUUGUGGGAAGUCGAAGAUGAUGACCACGACCUGCCUAACAUCCAGGCUCUCCUCUUGAUGUGCAAUGUAUUUAAAUGCCAAGGACGAGUCAGGAAAAGCUGGAUGAUGCUUAGUCAAGCAGUUCAGCUGGCACGGGAUAUAGGACUCUUUGAUACCCCAGCAGUGUUGAAAAAGAAGAUUUUGCCAGAGAUGGAACGGGUUCGCAUGAUCACUGCCUGGGGUGUCUUCAACAUGAGCUCACAAAUGUCGAUUGAGCUGCAGAAGAUUACCCCCUUGGCUUGUUCCCCAUCCGAUGUCAAGCUGUGUGGCAACGAAGACUCUGACUGGACCCCAUACCCUCGCUCCAACAAAAUCACAUAUGACAAAAAGCCAGCUCAUCUCCCUGAAAUUAGGGAGGGACUGGCUGAGGUCACCAUAAUCUUAGUCGACGUCCAAAAUCUCGUUUCUGAAAAAGGUCGGGGCGCCAGUUUUGUUGAGUUGUGCAACAAGGCUGAAGCCCCGUGCGAUAGUUUGAGUGCCUGGCUGCAACGCUGGCCGAGCGUGCCCGAGAUAGAACGAAAUCCGGUCCCACAAGUCCUUCUCUUGCGAAUCAUAUGUCUCCAGGCCAUCAUAUAUCUGUUUGAGAUUUUGAAAGACCCUAAUCAGCCAGAACUUGUCCGACAGGCCCAUUUCUUUCAGGUUAAGUAUGUCGAGGAAACGGCGCAAUGCCUUCAUAUCCAUCGUCAGUCAUAUGGCCUCAAGCAUAUACCCAGCCAGAUAGUCGAUGCCAUACAGACAGGUCUUCGGGUCUUAGUUUCUCAAUUGGAAGAAAGGGACGAAUCAAAAGAGGCGUUCGUUGAGCUCUGUCGGUUUGGAGCGGCUCUUAGCCACAGAUUUAAGCAAACAGCCGACGUGAUUCAGGAGAUCAGGAAGAACGCGCUGCACCUAAGCGUCCGAUUGCCACCUGAGGCUAUUGCAAUCUUCGAUGACCCGGAACAGUGGAGGAGUCUUGAGCCCUGAAACUUAGCAUGGCGCCUGUGUUUGUGACGAUAUGAAUGCAUCUACGCCGCUAUUACAUGAAUGACAUUGGAAGAGAGCUCAUCCUGCUGCAGACUUGGGUGAAACAAAGGUGGAAAUGCGGAGUGGAGGUAUUAUGACGGCAGGACUGGAACGAGGGCGUUGAGGAAAAGCUGCAAUUCUUAGAAAGUCCUCACGGCAGAGUAAACACCGACACUGGCCUGCCCAGCUCUUCGGUAAUAGCCAGUGCAAUCUCUGCCUUCCUAGCACCCGGGUAAGAGACGAGGAUGCGCAGUAUUACCGUCUGCAGCCUGGAGCAAGAAAAAAAGGGGAGGGAAGAAGCGGCGACGUUGACUGAGGGGAAGGGCAGGGGCAGUCAUUUGCAGAAGAGUUUUAGCCGAUGACAGGCGACCAGUUGCUGGCCUCUGAUCCACCGGAAGUCUUUUCCCUACAGAUUUCAC